AUGGGGUCGAGGAUUCGGUCUGUUGGGUUCCAUCUUUGGGAAGGACAGUGCAAUAAAUCAGUCAAACAGUGUUUUUGGACUCGUGUUUUAUAUACUACAAAUGCUACUUGGUAUGACAGCAAGUGCAGUAGCAGCUCUAAUCCUCAUGACAUCCUCCAUAGUGUCUGUAGUAGGGUCCUUGUACUUGGCCUACAUCCUGUACUUCGUGCUGAAGGAGUUUUGCAUUGUCUGUGUCAUCACAUAUUUGCUGAACUUCAUUCUCUUGAUCAUCAACUACAAACGACUAGUUUAUUUGAACGAGGCCUGGAAACGGCAGCUCCCACCCAAACAGGAGUGACACCCCUUGGAACUUGUGACUGACAGUCUGAAGAACCAACUUCCAUUAAGUUUAUUUUGCAGUAAUUUUUUUAUUCUCCAUAUCAGACACUUUCCCUGAGAAUCAUAACUGAAUUUUUAAUUAUAAAUUUGAAGGGGCCCUAGAUAAUUUUUUUUUUGUGCUAAUCUUCGAUGUGGUUAUAAAAGAAAGCUCUAAUACAAUCAAAGACAAGCUUUAACUUUACUUUGAAGGAGUUUUAGCCACAGCAAAACCUAGACUCUGUCUCUUCCCCCCUCCACUUGUGAAGUGGGUAACACUUGCUAUAAAAUAUCCUGUAUAUAAAUUCAGGUAUAACAAAAUGUGAUCAUGACAUUAAAUAUUCUAGACUAGCAUUACCAUAUUUAAUGUUGCCAUGUUUACAGUAUGUGUAUUACUUUUUUUUUUUUUAGCUGAUGGACUUAGAUUUGACUAGGACUUAUACUGUAAAUAAAAUUAGAAAUAUUGUUUCCUCCCUGGAGAACUCACUGUACAAUCAGUUUUGUUAGCCUAGGAGCUGUCAGAGCGUUCAGCUAAUAGUCGACUGGUGUGGUGGAAGAAGUGACCUCUGUAGAGAACAGCUGCACUCACUGCUAGUGCUUUCACAAGAAUGAUGGUUGGGGUUUUGUUCCAUUUUUAUUUUCCUUUUUGUCUCCAGUAACGAAAAUGGAAUUAAAGCUGAAACUUGAAGUAUGUUC